GGCCGCUCACGCCGCCGCCGCGGCGCCCCGUGUACCCCCCGGUACACGCGGGAGGAGGUGGGGCGGCACCGGAGCCCCGAGGAGCGUGUCUGGGUGACCCACGGCACCGACGUGUUCGACGUCACCGACUUUGUGGAGCUGCACCCGGGGGGGCCUGACAAAAUCCUGCUGGCGGCCGGUGGGGCCCUGGAGCCCUUCUGGGCGCUGUAUGCGGUGCACGGAGAACCGCACGUCCUGGAGCUGCUGCAGCAAUACAAGGUGGGCGAGCUCAGCCCCGACGAGGCACCGCCGGCCCCCGACGCCCAGGACCCCUUCGCCGGGGACCCCCGGCACCCCGGGCUGCGCGUCAACAGCCGGAAGCCCUUCAACGCGGAGCCUCCGGCCGAGCUGCUGGCCGAGCGCUUCCUGACGCCCAACGAGCUUUUCUUCACCCGCAACCACCUCCCGGUACCG